AUGAAAUCAUCAACGUCAACACCAUUGUUGGCAAGAUACACAAAACAUUCGAGAAAUAUUAUUAUUAUCUAUCUAUUAUCGUUUAUGACCUUGUUGGCAGUUGCGUCAAUACUUAUUAUUCUAUUCUUAAACCUACUUCCAAGUAUUAAACUAGGUAAAGAGUUUAUACCAAUCGAUUGUUAUGUAAAUAAACAUCUUAUCAACAUGACAAUACAAAGCUAUGACUAUGAUUGUGCUGAUUUAGAUUCACAGAUUUGGUGGUACCAUAUCUUGGGUCAGAAUGCAUUCUAUCAUCAUGUAGUCUCACAUGGUGAUAGUGAUUAUUAUGAUCAUCGUCCCAAACCAACUAUAUUUUCAACUAUACAUCAAGAUUCUCAACAACAUCAAAACUUUAAUUUCUUUAACAAUGCCAUCAAUAAUAAUGGAACAAAUAAUAAUACCAAUACUACUAGUAGCGAUAGUGGUAGUAGUAAUAGUAGUAGUAGUAGUAGUUCAAGCGAUAGUAGUAGUGAUCAAACAAUAUGUUACCAAGGACUAUAUGAAGUUAGUUAUGUAAUAGAUAAUCAAACCUAUUCUUCAAAUAUUUCUGGAACUUGGAAUACCAAUUUUAAAUGGGUUUUAGGUUAUUUAUCUGCAUUUAAAUCAAAUGAAACAUCAAGUUGUGUUUAUCAAAAAGAUCAUUAUCAACGUGUUAAUUGGUUUGGAGCAGAUAAAUUCUCAGUCACCUCUGUCAUUCUAAUGACGCUGUGUGUAUUGUUUAUUAUUGCAUUGGUCAUUAUUAAUAGUAUAUUUAUCAAAAAUAGAAAUGUCAAGAAACAUCAUUUAUUACCUUCCUAUCCAGUUUAUAUUUCAUCAUCUUUUACAGAUUCGUAA